GGGCUCCCCCGCGCGCCAGCCCCGGGCCCCACCGCCCCGCGGGGACGCCUGCCCUCCCUGAGCCCCCCGAGUCCUGGCAGCCAUGGGGGCGGUGAUGGGCACCUUCUCUUCGCUGCAGACCAAACAAAGGCGGCCCUCCAAAGACAUCACCUGGUGGUAUUACCAGUAUCAGAGAGAUAAGAUCGAGGAUGAGUUGGAGAUGGCUGUGGUGUGCCACCGGCCUGAAGGGCUGGAGCAGCUGGAGGCACAGACCAACUUCACCAAGCGCGAGCUGCAGGUUCUGUACCGGGGCUUCAAAAACGAGUGCCCAAGCGGGGUAGUCAAUGAGGACACCUUCAAGCAGAUCUAUGCCCAGUUCUUCCCUCACGGGGACGCCACCACCUAUGCCCACUACCUCUUCCACGCCUUUGACACCACCCAGACGGGCUCUGUCAAGUUUGAGGAUUUCGUGACGGCCCUGUCCACUCUCCUGCGUGGGACGGUGCAUGAGAAACUCAGGUGGACGUUUAACCUGUAUGACAUCAACAAGGACGGCUACAUCAACAAAGAGGAAAUGAUGGACAUCGUCAAGGCCAUCUAUGACAUGAUGGGGAAGUACACAUACCCUGUGCUCAGAGACGACACCCCCCGGCAGCACGUGGAUGUCUUCUUCCAGAAAAUGGACAAAAAUAAGGAUGGCAUCGUGACAUUGGAUGAAUUUCUUGAAUCCUGCCAAGAGGAUGACAACAUCAUGAGGUCCCUGCAACUGUUCCAGAACGUCAUGUGACAAUGGCUCUUGACUCUCGACUUGAGCGCUCUGAGCCCUACAGGUCACUCUGCCUCCUGUGAUCUCACACAGACUCUCUUGGGAAGGUUCUUCCCUCCGGUCCCGCUGCUGGGCUGGUCCUGGAAGCAUGUUCCUCCACCCACCUGCCACUGCCCCGUUUACACCAUCACGCUCUGUUCCAUGCCAACAUGCCCAGCCACCUUGAUGGAUCUGGACCCCAGCGCUCUGGGCCUCCCUCCCAAACCUUAACAUCUAUGUCACUUCCUGGAGCAGGGGAAGCAUGAGCAUCGUGCCUAGCACUUGAACUCUACCCUGGCCACACGGGGGGAGCAAGACCCCGCUGUCUGCAGAGGUCUCAGGCUGAAUUGGGAAGCAUGGUGUGGCCCGAGGCCCCCCAGCACCCAUGUCUCCAGCUCCUGGAGACUAGGCGGCCCUUCUCUCUCACAUCAGCCCUUGAGCUGGCAGGGCCCUGCUCCCACUCUAACCGAGGUUCCACACUGCACGUCUCCCCCAGAGAACCUAGAAUGCCUGCACAUCACUGUACUUUUCUACCACGCUCAACUCAAUAAACAGAACCAUUUCUUA